AUGAUAUAUGAUAAUCACAUUGACAAUUACAAAGGCCAUACAAAUGGUAGAAUUUGGAUUCAGUGGGACAGUAACAGAGUGAAUGUGAAGUUCUUGCGUAGUAGCAACCAAUAUAUCCAUUGUGGCAUCUAUGAUAUUUGUGGCAAUUUCAAGCACUGGCUAACUGUUGUUUAUGCUCACAAUCAACUAAACCAAAGGAAAACCUUGUGGACAGAUAUAGAACACAUAUAUGGUAACAUCCAAGGGCCUUGGUGUGUUAUUGGAGAUUACAACAAUGUAACUAAAUCCCAUGAAAGAAUAGGAGGAAAUCUAGUGACUGAAAGAGAAUAUGUAGACCUGACAACAAUGAUGGAACAUACAGGUUUAAGUGAAAUGGAUAGCAUUGGAGAUCAUUUGACAUGGUCCAAUAAGCAAACAACUGGUCCCAUCUACUCAAGAAUUGAUAGAGUUUUAGGCAAUACUGAUUGGUUCCUCACCAACAUGGAGACUACUCUAAAAUUCCUCCCACCUAAUAUCUCUGAUCAUGCCAUGCUUUAUCUGGUAUAUAAUCAAGAACAUAGGAAACCCCCCAGACAGUUUAAAUUUAGCAACUGCAUUAUAGAGCUUCCAGGUUAUGAUACUUUGGUAAAGAAGAAUUCGGAUGGCCAUAUUAGAGGUAGUCCAAUGUUUGUUCUUUGGCACAAACUCAAGAGAUUGAAGCAUGGUUUAAAGCAAUUCAGCAAACCUCUAUCUGAUAUUAAAACCAAACUGAUAUCUGCUAGAAAUAUCCUAGAAGAAACACAAGAACAACUGAGGAAUGACAGAAUGAACACCAACUUAAUUGGGAAAGCAAAAGACCUGGCUGAAGCAGUGAUAUCCCUGAAUGAAAUGGAAUGGAAGAUUCUACACCAAAGAGCUAAAAUUGACUGGAUUAGGAAGGGAGAUGUCAACAAUCAGUAUUUUUAUGCUGCUAUCAAAAGCAGACAUUACUCCAACUGCCUUAGCAACCUGAAGAAAAGUGAUGGCAGCCAGAUAACAAUCAAACCAGACAUUGAAGAUGAAGUGAUUAAAUUCUACAGCAACCUAAUGGGCAAAGAUGCUGAGACCAUUAAUCAUAUCGACAUAAAGGCUAUGAGGAUGGGAAAACAACUUGACAUAAACCAAAGGGAGUACCUUACCAUACCCAUAUCAGAAAAUGACAUUACCAAAGCCCUUAAAGGAAUUGGAGACCUCAAAGCACCUGGGCUGGGUGGUUAUGGAGCCAAAAUUUUCAAAGCCAGUUGGUCAAUUAUAAAAGCUGAUGUGAUAGCAACUGUUAAGGAAUACUUUGAAACAGGUAAACUAUACAAAGCUUUCAACGUUACCGUAGUAUCCUUGAUUCCUAAAGACCAUGAUGCUUGUGAAAUCAAAGACUACAGACCUAUAGCUGUCUACACCAUUUUCUAUAAGAUUAUUUCCAAGAUUCUGACAGACAGACUAGGAACUGUCAUUCCAAGUGUGGUAAACCAUAAUCAAGCAGCCUUCAUACCAGGUCAGAACAUCCAUAAUCACAUCAUGCUUGCUACUGAAUUGCUUAAAGGCUACACCAGGAAAGAAGGAACAACUAGAAUCAUGAUGCAAUUAGAUCUGCAAAAAGCAUAUGAUAUGGUUAAUUGGAAGGCUUUAGAGUGCAUCAUGAAGGAGAUGGGAUUCCCUAACAAAUUCAUCCAAUGGAUUAUGCUAGGUAUCACCACUGUUUCAUACAGAUUUAAUAUCAUGGGGGAAUAUACUGAUAUACUACAGGCUAAAAGGGGAAUUCGGCAAGGUGAUCCUUUAUCACCUAUGCUCUUUGUUCUUAUAAUGGAAUAUAUGAACAGAAUGUUGGUGAAAAUGCAAAGAGACCCUAAUUUCAACUAUCAUGCCAAAUGUGAAAAGCUGAAAAUCACAAACCUCACUUUUGCAGACGAUGUACUGUUAUUCUGCAGAGGCGACUGCAUAUCAUUGCAGAUGAUUCUUCGAACUUUCAGGGACUUCUCCAAUUCCACGGGGCUGAUUAUGAACCCUAACAAAUGCAGGAUUUAUUUUGGAGGGCUGGACAAUGAGAAAAGAAGGAUGAUGAAAGAGUUGUCGGGUUUCCAAGAAGGAACACUUCCUUUCAAAUACCUAGGAAUACCUCUCUCUGGCAAGAAAUUAAACAUCAACCAUUUUAUGCCCUUGGUGGAUAGAAUUGUGGCUAGAAUUCACCAUUGGUCAUCUAAACUUCUAAGUUAUGCCAGAAGAAUUCAAUUGGUGAAAAGUAUAGUUGCUGCAAUGGUUCAGUACUGGUUGCAUUGUAUUCCCUUGCCCAAAUCUGUGAUUAGGAAAAUUGACUCCAUAUGUCGCAGUUUCAUCUGGACCGGUAAGGAUACGGUGAGCAGAAAGUGCCAUGUGGCAUGGAAACGCACUUGCUGCCCUGCAGCGCAGGGUGGGCUGAACCUGAUAAAUCUGCAGAUUUGGAAUAAUGUAUUGCUUUUGAAGUGUUUAUGGAAUCUGUGCAAUAAAACCGAUACUCUUUGGGUGAAAUGGAUCCAUAUUCACUACCUAAAGGGGAACCAUGUGAUGAAUUAUGCUACCAAAAAUCACAACUCUUGGAUCAUGCGCGGUAUUUUGAAACAAAGAGAUAUCAUGGAUUUAAUACGGAAUGAAUGGGAUCAACUUCUAACCACUCAUAAGUUUAAGGCGUCGGUGUUUUACAAAGUAAUGAUUGAUGAUGGCACAAGGGUUGUUUGGAGAAACUUGAUAAGAUCCAAUAAGAGCCGACCGCGAGCAGUGUUUUGUUUAUGGCAAGCAUGUCAUGGGAAACUUGCAACCAAGGAUAGGUUAAAGCGUUUUGGUAUGAUUAAAGACAACACAUGCAGGUUAUGCCACACCGAAGAGGAGACGGUGAAUCAUCUGUUUUUUUGCUGUCUAGGGACAAGACACAUAUGGAAGAAUGUGCUCCAAUGGUUUAACAUAUAUCAUGAACCUCAACCUUGGGAGGCAGAGUUGAUCUGGAUCAGUAACAUGACAAAAGGAAAAGGUUGGAAAGUGGAUGUUUUGAAAAUGUUAGUGGCUGAAACCAUCCACAACAUCUGGGGUUAUCGUAAUAGUAUUAUUUUUGGAAACAGUGUAGAUAAUACAACCAUGGAUACUAACAUUAUAGAUAAUGUGAUCUAUAGAGGGUGGCAAAACCUUAAAAUUAGGAAGCAUCUUGUUAGUUUUAUGAUGUAA